UCGUCAUCAUUGAUUGAACCCAAUACCAACUCUCGCCGGCCACCCCUUAUUCCAUAUUCGAGCGGCCACAGCGCCAUUGGCCCGUCGAUCCAUCCGUCCCUGUCGAACAGUCAACUCCUAUCGAAAAAUCCGAUUCAAUGCAUCACCCACUCUCGAAAAAGACACUCAAAUACUAGCUCGCAUGAUAAAUCCAGUCAGGUCCACAAGAACGUUACAUACAAUGCCUACAUCCCCACGCUAUAUAUAUAUAUAUAUAUAUUUCGAAAUGGAAAAACCAAAUAAAUCCACGUGUGCUUCAACCCCUUCCUUCCUUCCUUCCUUCCCUAUAAACUCCCAUCAACUCAAACCUUUUGACUCCUCAGUCUCUCUCAGUCUCUCUCAGUCUCUCCAAUGGCGUCGAACAAUAUGCAGUACAAGAACCUCGGCUGCUCGGGCCUCAAAGUGAGCCAGCUCUCCUAUGGCGCAUGGGUCAGCUUCGGCAACCAGCUCGACGUCAAGGAGGCCAAGUCCAUCCUCCAGACCUGCCGCGACCACGGCGUCAACUUCUUCGACAACGCCGAGGUCUACGCCUCCGGCCGCGCCGAGGAGAUCAUGGGCCAGGCCAUUCGCGAGCUCGGCUGGAAGCGCUCCGACGUCGUCAUUUCCACCAAGAUCUUCUGGGGCGGGCCAGGCCCCAACGACAAGGGCCUGUCGCGGAAGCACAUCGUCGAGGGCACCAAGGAGUCGCUGAAGCGCCUGGACAUGGAGUACGUGGAUCUCAUCUACUGCCACCGCCCGGACGCCACGACGCCGAUCGAGGAGACGGUGAGGGCGAUGAACUACGUGAUCGAUAAAGGGUGGGCGUUUUAUUGGGGGACGAGUGAGUGGUCGGCGCAGCAGAUCACGGAUGCGUGGGGGAUCGCCGAGAGGUUGGAUUUGGUGGGGCCCAUUGUUGAGCAGCCUGAGUACAAUUUGCUCUCCAGGCACAAGGUCGAGACUGAGUUCGUCCCACUGUAUACCAGCUAUGGCCUGGGUCUCACCACUUUUAGUCCACUUGCUUCUGGUGUUCUUACUGGAAAAUAUACCAAGGGAAAUAUACCUCCUGAUAGCCGAUUUGCGUUGGACAAUUACAAAAAUCUAGCUAGUCGAAAACUGGUUGAUGACGUGCUGCAAAAAGUUAAUGGUCUUAAGCCAAUUGCAGAUGAAUUAGGUGUACCAUUAGCUCAACUAGCAAUUGCAUGGUGUGCUGCUAAUCCGAACGUCUCGUCAGUUAUUACUGGUGCUACAAAGGAGUCCCAGAUUCAAGAGAACAUGAAAGCUGUAGAUGUAAUCCCUCUAUUAACUCCCGCUGUCAUGGAAAAGAUUGAGGCUGUUGUUCAAAGCAAGCAAAAGCGUCCAGAAUGCGUAAAGUAGACACGGUAUAUUUACAGGCUCCACAUAUUUCUACUCAUUGCAUAGCAGACUAGGUUGUUCCAACGCAAUGGAAUAGAAACUCAUGCCUUGUGGUGCUUUUGGUUAGCUUGUUGGAUCUUUUUUUCAUUUUCACGCUCGGAGGUGGUUGUUCGUAUUGAUGUUUCCUUCCUUCCCCCUCCCCCUCGUUUGUAGUAAGAGGGGGAGUCGUGGAUGUUCUCAGAACUAUUUGAUGACUUGUGGAUUUACCGGUAUUACCGUCCAAAAAUAAAAAGAUGCAUUCUGGAUUUGGUUUUAAAGAUA